GCUAACGCGGUGCGGUGCACGAUGUCGCGCCAUUUGAGAUCGUACCGAGGACGCAUAUCAUCCAUUUAUCGCCCCGGCUGCCGGUUGGGUUGACAGGAGCUGCUUAUCACUUCGUAGAGCUGAGGUACCUUUCAUGAGCUAGCUGCCACUUGCUAGCUGUAUGCUCGACCCUGCAAUUUGAUUGCUUGCCUCAAGCGGGAGAGAAAACAACAGAGUCACGUUAUUAUUCUCUCUAUCUAGGUACCUUACAGAUACACCACCCCCCAACCUCAGCAUCUUCGCCAUCAAGCACCCUAGGCAGCGGCCUCAAAUAACCAUGUCGAGGUCGCUGCUCUCGGCGCACCUUGAGCAGAUCGCAAUCUCAUGCCAGGGCAUAAAUGAACUCCCAUUUCCACCCCCAAAGAUCUUCACCAACGCCCUGCUCGCCAGCGAUGACAUCACCUCACUGAUCCGGGAUACCGAGACUCAUGAGCGCGCCCUCUUCUCCGUUCCGCCGCCGCCUCCCCAGCAGCAGCAACAACAACCGCGACGAACUCCGGCCCUAGAAGACGAUCCCGAUGCCCGCGGAAAGACCAAGCGUCGGCAAACCGUCUUCAAUGUUGCGGCAGGCGAAGUGACGACGGGACCUCCGCCGGGCCACCGGAACGCUGUGAGCGCGCGCCGUAACACCGCCGUGGCCGCCGUUUUGGGAGGCGACCUACACGGUCAGAUCACGCGUGGCAGCCACGGCGGCGGCGAGGUCGACAUCGAGGUCUUGCUGCGCGGUGCUGAGAAGCUGUGCCACGUCUACCCGCUGCCCGGCGCACUUGAGCGCAUACCCGAAAUGCGCCAGAAGUAUGCGCAUCAGCGUAACACGCUUGCCUACUACGAGGCCCGCGUAGCGGAGCAGACCUCGCGGCUGGAGCGCAUGAACAGGGAUAGGUAUGCGGAUGAGGACGACACGCAGGAUGUUGAGGAGGCUGAGGAUCAGGGAGAUAAUGACGGCUUGACGGAAGAGGAUCUGAGGAGAGAAGAGGAGGAGGUGCGCGAGCUCGACACAAAGAAAAAGGAGCUGCAACAGCGGUUGAAGGCUAUGGAUAAAGAUCUCGGUGGACUCUUGAACAUUUGAUCAGCAAGGGCCAUGUUUGUUCAAUUUGACUAGUGAUACCCUGGAAUCAAAUUUCCAACGUUUUCAACACGGGACAGUACUCUAGUGGGAUCGAAUUAGCACCGAAGCGACGAGUCGGUUGCCGGAGCCGCGCCGCCUGCACUCUUUUUAGCCCUGGAGAACUGUUCCAGGAAGGCCGGGACCUCCUGCGCGCCACCAAUCUCGUACUUGUCGUUGAUGACAAAGUGCGGCACGCCCGAGAUGCCCUUGCGGUAUGCGUUGUCCACCUCGACGUCAACCUCGGCGCCGCCCUUGCCCGUCUCCAACCACUCCCUCGCCUCCUUGGGAUCCAACCCGCCGACCUCGGCGGCCUUGGUCAGCAUGUCGAAGCUGGUGAUGUUGCCCCCUUGCUCAAAGUACGACUUGAAGACGGCCUCGACAACCUGGUUCUGGCGCUCCGACCCUUUGGUCUUGGCCAGCUGCAGCAGCCGGUGCGAGUCGCGCGUGUUGCCCAGCAUGCCCGAAAAGGUAAAGUUUAUUCCCUCCCCCUUGCCCGUGGCGGCGAGGCGGGCGUGCAGCAUGGGCACGCGAUCGGCGCCGAACUUGCGGAUCACGUGCUCGGUCGACGGCGUGGCCGUCUUGGGCAGCGUCGGGUCCAGGUAGAAGGGGUGCCACGUCACAGUGAAGGUGUCGUCGGCGCCACCCGGGACCGUCUUUUUGUAGACAUCUAUGGCUUUUUCAAGACGGCGCUUGCCCACGAAGCACUUUGGUGGUUGGGUGGUGUUAGCCUUUUUUUCUCCUGUUCUUUUGUUGGUGCAGGUCGAAAGGUGCUGCGACCGUUUUAGGUAUGGUAUUUAAAAGUCACUUACAAAGGGGCAGAUGGUGUCCGAGAUCACCUUGAUAGUAAAGUUGACCAUUUUUACGAUUGGUAAAGAAACGACUGUAUUGUAGGGCAGCUCGGUUUACAUGAAGAUUUUCUUCAAUUAUACAAAGAAGCCCAGGGACUCCGGGUGCUCUAUUAUAUAGGUCCGGUACUCGCAAAGCUGUAUUUCGCCAUUUUGCUCCAGGAACCAAUAUUGCAACUUGCCCCACCCAUUCCGCGAAACAAGAUGAAAUGGAUGAUUACCAAUCA